AUGAAGUUCGUCUCCAUUGCCCUCGCCCUCAUGGCAGCCACUGCUGUCUCGGCCGCUCCUGGUCGUACCAUGCAGAAGUGGUGCGGCCACCCCGGUCAGGGUUGCGUCAAGCGCUCUGCUGAGCCAGCUCCUGUUGCCGUCGCUGAGCCUGCCCCCGUUGCCGUCGCUGAGGCCGCGCCUGUUCCUGAGGCCGGCCGUACCAUGCAAAAGUGGUGUGGUCACCCCGGCCAGGGCUGUGCCAAGCGCUCUGCUGAGCCUGAGCCCGUCCCUGCUCCUGGUCGUACCAUGCAGAAGUGGUGUGGCCACCCCGGUCAGGGCUGCUACAUGAUGAAGCGCACUGCCGACGUCACCUUCGAGGUCAAGCGCUCUGCUGAGGCCCUCGCCGAGGCCAUGGCCGAGGCUCACCCUGCCGCCCUUCAGAAGUGGUGUGCCCACCCCGGUCAGGGCUGCCAGAAGGUCAAGCGUACCGCCGAUGCCGUUGAGGAGGUCAAGCGCUCCGCUGCUGCCCUUGAGGAGGCCAUCGCCUCCAUGGAGGAUGAGGAGUAG